AUGCGCCUCCCCUACGUCGCCGACCCUCCACCCACCACAGACCCCCAAGACCAAGCCAUCGUCGACCGCAUCCGGGCCCGGCGCCACCCGCGCCCCUUGCAGGCCCUCGACCUCACCCUGCUGCACUCGCCGCCCGUGGCAGACGGGUGGAACGCCUUUUUAGGCGCCGUGCGGACGCGCACCACCUCGGUGCCGGACCUGGUCCGCGAGCUGGCCAUCUCGCGCGUGGCGGUGGUCAACCGGGCGUGGUACGAGUGGGGCCAUCAUGCGCCGCUGGCGGUGGCGGCGGGCGCGGGCGAGGCGGUGAUGGCUGCGGGAGGGUUGGAUGAGGGUCAGUGGGCGGCGGUUGUUUUGGCGGAUGAGAUGACGCGGAAUGUGGAGGUUGGGGAGGAGACGUUUGCGGCGGUCAGGAGGGCCUGGGGCGAGCGGGGGACCGUGGAGAUUGUGGCUGUUGUGUCUUGUUAUAAUUGUGUGAGCCGGUUUCUGGUGGCCUUGGAUGUUGGUGAGAGGAACGGUACUGGGCCUGAUGCUGCGCAUUGA